GGGAGGGUGGUUGUGGUUUUUUCGCUGCCGUUGUGCUCCCCGCAUGGCGGACCGGGGCCGGUGCCCGCAGUGCGGGUCUCGGGAGCUGGUGGAGGACGCCCACUACGCCCAGAGCCAGCUGGUCUGCGCCCACUGCGCCUGCGUGCUCAGCGAGGGCCUCCUCACCACCACCUUUGCCGACGAGGAGCAUCUCCGAGAGGUAACCUACUCGCGUAGCACGGGAGAGAGCGAACAAGUCAGCCGCAGCCAACUUCGAGGGCUCCGGCGAGUGAAGGACCUGUGCCGAGUUCUGCAGCUGCCAGCCACCUUCGAGGACACGGCCGUCUCCUACUACCGGCGGGCGUUCCAGCUUCCCGCCCUCCGAGCCACCAGGAUCCAGAAGAAGGAGGUGCUGGUGGGUUGCUGUGUCCUGGUCACCUGCCGGCAGCACAACUGGCCCCUGACGAUGGGCACGGUGUGCACCCUGCUCUACGCCGACUUGGAGCUGUUCUCGGCUACUUACCUGCAGGUAGUGAAGCUUCUGGGACUGGACGUGCCUGCCCUGAGCCUGGCAGACCUGGUGAAGACCUACUGCAGCAGCUUCAAGUUGUCGCAGGCUUCCCCUUCUGUGCCGGCCAAGUUUGCGGAGGACAGGGAGAAGCUGGUGUCCCGGACGGUGCAGCUAGUGGAGCUAGCCGGUGACACCUGGUUGGUGACGGGGCGGCAGCCAGUGCCCGUGGUCACCGCGGCCGCCUACCUCGCCUGGCAGUCCCUGCGGCCGGGCGGCCGCCUGACCUGUCCCCUCGCCCGCUUCUGCCAGUUGGCCGGCGUGGACCUCCCCCACCCGGCCUACCUCCGGCUUCAGGAGCUGCUGGCCGUCCUGCUGCGGAUGGCCGGGCAGCUGGCUUGGUUGCGGCUCCUGUCCCCGGACAAGCGGACGGUCGUGAAGCACAUCGGGGACCUACUGCAGCACCGUUACCUCCUCAUCCGCCGGGCCUUCAGGGAGAGGGCGGAGCGGGACGAGGAGGGGGACGAGGAGCAGGAGGAAAGAGAAGGGGAAGGGGCAGAAGAGGAGCGGCAGCCACGGGACGAAGAGAAGGGGAGCGACCGCCCUCCGGGACCCCAGCAGGGGAAACGGCCGGCUAGUCCCCCUCUUCUGCUGCCCCCUUGCUUGCUGAGGCCCCAGAAGCGGCCUCGCCCCCGCUCCCCAGAGACCCACAUCACUGGGUACGAGGACAUCUCUGACAGCGAGCUGGAGCAGUAUCUGCGCACCCACGAAGAAGUGAAGGCAUUCCAGAAGGCUCAGGCAGCCAGCCAGAAAGCGGUAGGCACCUCGGCCCCUUCCUGAACCCCUGCCUCGCUGUGAAUUUGACAGAUUGCAGUGGGCUAGGAGAGGAAAAGUAGCUGUAGCACUUCCUCCUUCCAUCAGCUAGGUAGGCGAGGGAGAGUGAGAGACACACACAGAGACAGGGAGAGAGAAGGUCUGAUGGAGGUUACUCUUGGUCCUGACUUUGACGGGUUUGGCCCACGUGGGACCUGAUGUGCACAGAAAAUAGAGGUGGCAUCGCCCCUCAAGACAGUGAAGGACCGAGUUCAGGCUGGGGGCUGUUGAGGGGACUUGGCGAAUCUUUAAUAUAUUAAACAAGAGGCAUCUCCUAGAAAACAUUCUGUAUAAAACCCGAGUUUGAAAAA